AAGUUUCUCACGGAAUGCGGUACAGGGUGGCCAAAUGUUUCGUAACAGACUUGUUUGUGUUCCGGACAUUUCUUUUUCCUCUCAAAUCUUAAAGCCAUAAUUUCCUUCUUCUUAAAUUUGUAUAGCCUCUUACGAGACACCCUAUUGUGUUUUUAUUGGCAUAUAUAAGAGAACUGUUCAGUCUGUACGUACAGCAGUCGACGCGUUUGCUAGCCGCUAUUGGUUGUCAGUGAUGCUAACAAUAACACAUUUGUUGAUAACAAUAUUCGCCCUGUGGAUAUAUAUCUUGUGGUCACGACGAAAGUUCUACAAGGUCUUCCUACAGCUUCCAGGUCCUUGGGGAUUGCCCUUGGUGGGCUUGGCGUUUAAAAUGAUGAAACCGGAAAGUGUUCUACAGUACAUGGGGGACUUGGCGAAAGAAUACAAAGCACCAUUCAUUUCGUGGAUGGGUAGCCAAUGCUUUCUCUACGUUAAUGAUCCGGAAACAAUGGAAAUUAUUUUCAAAUCACCAUGCUGCACAAACAAAGGAGACGUGUAUCGUUUUAUGGCCAAUGCCAUAGGAGACGGUCUUUUCACUUCCAGCUCCCCUCGGUGGAAUAAGCACAGACGCCUACUAAAUCCAGCCUUCAGCCGCAAAGCCAUUCAAGCCUUUUUACCCGUUUUCAAUCGCGAAGCCAGCACCCUUGUCAAAAAGAUGGCUGUUACUCAGGGUCAAACGCUUGAGAUUUAUGGAUUAUUGAAGAAAAUAGUCCUGGAAAUAGCAUGCCAAACGACGAUGGGGAAAAAGAUGAAUUUCCAAGACAACAGAUCAACAGCAAUAUUCGAAGCAUACAAUGGCAUUACAGAAACAUGCGUGACGAGAAUGUUAUCCCCUUGGUUGUACUUGGAUGUUGUGUAUCAGUUCUCUGCUUUAUACAAACGGCAGCAGCAGUUCAGUGUAGCCCUACAAAAAUUUGUGGAAAACUUACUUGCAGAUGAUGGUCAGACAGAAGUGUCACAUUCCCAGCUUGGGGAGAAGUCAAGAGAGGAUAGAAGCUUUAAACUAGAAUCUCAGAAUUUGUUAGACAUAGUACGAGAGCAUAUAGCAGCUAACCAGUUAACCAGUCAAGAUGCAAGAGACGAAGCAAAUGUUAUAGUGGCCGCGACAUUCGAGACUACAUCGACAGCCCUCUACUUUGCCUGUUUGUGUCUUGCUAUGCAUCCGGAGUGUCAGGAUAAAUUAUAUAAGGAAUUAGUUGAGAUUUUUCCUAAAUCAUACGAUAGUGCUGAUACCCGUUCUGGCAUAACACUGGAACAACUCCAACGUAUGAAAUAUAUGGAUAUGGUGAUGAAUGAGUCGAUGCGUCUCCUUUCUCCCGUUCCGAUGGUACUGAGGCGCGUAUCUGAAGAUUUUCACUUCCAAAAUGUUUCCGGCGAGAGAAUACUUUUGCCGAAAAACACUCAAAUUGCGCUCGACAUCUUUAACAUGCAUCGCAGUGAAAACUCUUGGGGUCCGUAUGCAAGCUCUUUCGAGCCAGAACUGCAUUUUGGACCCAACGUCCAUCGACAUGCAUUUGCAUUUUUACCCUUUACAAAAGGACUUCGCAUGUGUCUUGGAUAUCGGUAUGCACUGGUGCUUAUGAAGGUGAUGCUGGCCCAUAUAUUUCGAAACUUUCGAAUAUCCACAGAAUCACAGUUAAAAGAUUUGAAUGUAAAAGGUACAAUAUCCUUAAAAUUGGGUGAUUAUCCUUUGUGUACAAUACAAGCUCGACAUGACAAUUUAUUUACUCAAUGAAAAAAAUGGUUUUGGUUGUAAAUGUUCUCAUUUUGUAAGGCAUGCCCACAUAUCGGGACAACGUCGAUGUCAACAAUAUUAUAAUAAACGGUUUUCAUUUGUUCAUGGGGAUCGAAAGCGGGGAAAACAUGUUAUAGCCCAAACACAAUGGGGACUUUUAACUGAAGCAGUUAUGGAUUUGAUUAAGGUUUUUAAAAUUAAGAAUAUUAUAAAUACUUUUUGAUUGAAUGAAGUUUUUGGAACCGCCCAUGGUUCUACUGUAUUAAUUGAAAAUAAAUAAAAAAAAGGAAAAAAAAAA